AUGCAUAAUGGUGGCUCGAAAAAUCAAAAGAAGACUGGAUCAGCGCUAGUGGCCGGGGCGAUCGCCGGAGCCACCGCUAAGACGGUGAUCGCCCCAUUGGAGAGGUCGAAAAUUUAUUUCCAAGUCUCUUCUACUGAAAAAUAUUCGAUCAGAGCCGUUCUCCAUUUCAUUGCCGACACUUACAGGACUCAUGGUUUCACCACAUUAUUUAAGUUUAGAGGUCAUUCCGCACAACUAGCCCGAGUGAUUCCCUUCUCGGCAAUUCAAUUUGCAUCACACGAGAAGUACUCACAAUGGUUGAGAGUCGAUGUGGACAGUCACACCCCAUGGAGACGUUUGCUUUCCGGAGCAUUAACUGGACUGACCGCUUCUUUUUGUACAUAUCCACUAGAUAGUGCUAGAGCUAUUUUAGCAAUUUCCGACCCUCAACACAAACAUACGCUUGCUUGGGUGUUCGUUGAUGCCUACAAGAAUGGAAAGCUUCGAUCACUCUACAGAGGUGUUAUCCCGACUUUGCUCGGAAUGGCUCCUUACGGAGGAAUCGCUUUCUUCACAUUCGACUCAUUGACUCUCAUUCAUAAAGAACAGACAGGAAGACAGAUGAGCAAUCUGGAGAACUUUGCUUGUGGAGCGGUUGCAGGAGUGACAAGUCAAGCCGCUACUUACCCAUUGGACAUCGUGAGACGGCGGAUGCAAACCGGCCGACUACCGAGUGAUUGCGGGAUUGUCGAUGCUUUGCGAAUGAUUAUCAAGAAUGAGGGAUUUAUGAAUGGAUGGUAUAAGGGUUUCUCGAUGAAUCUCUUCAAAUCUCCAUUGACAAGCGGCAUCUCAUUCAUGACCUAUCAGACGUUGUUAGCUAAAUUUGUGAAUAGAAGUACU